UGUCAGCCACAGUUCUUCCAUGGCUCAGAAGGAAGAGGCCCCCGAGGCUGCAGGGCCGGCCUCCCAGAAUGGAGAGGAUCUGGAGAACCUGGAAGACCCCGAGAAGCUAAAGGAGCUCAUCGACCUGCCGCCCUUUGAGAUCGUCACUGGGGAGCGGCUGCCUGUCAACUUCUUUAAAUUUCAGUUCCGGAAUGUGGAAUACAGUUCCGGGCGGAACAAGACCUUCCUCUGCUAUGUGGUUGAAGCACAGAGCAAGGGAGGCCAAGUGCAGGCGUCCCGGGGCUACCUGGAGGAUGAGCACGCAGGUGCCCACGCCGAGGAGGCUUUUUUUAACACCAUCCUGCCAGCCUUCGAUCCGGCCAUCAAGUACAGUGUCACCUGGUAUGUGUCCUCCAGCCCCUGUGCAGCCUGCGCCGACAGAAUCCUCAAAACCCUGAGCAAGGCCAAGAACCUGCGCCUGCUCAUCCUGGUGGGCCGGCUCUUCAUGUGGGAGGAGCCAGAGGUCCAGGCCGCUCUGAAAAAGCUCAAGGAGGCUGGCUGCAAGCUGCGCAUCAUGAAACCGCAGGACUUCGAGUACGUCUGGCAAAAUUUUGUGGAGCAAGAAGAGGGCGAAUCCAAGGCCUUUGAGCCCUGGGAGGACAUUCAGGAGAAUUUCCUGUAUUAUGAGGAGAAGUUGGCAGACAUCCUGAAGUAGGCCGCAGAGCUCAACCCUGUGAGUUUUUCUGGCACCCUGGCGC